CCACUGCAUGGAGCCAUGCCUCCCACAUUCCUGCUGCUGUCACUGCUGCUCCUGCGGCUCCAGGGCCCUGUCUCAGGUGCACCCAUGGAGAGUGUGUACUUAAAACUGCAGCACUUCGAAGGGGAGACUCUGUCUGUGCAGUGCUCCUACAAGAGCCGCAAAAACCACGUGGAGGGUAAGGUUUGGUGCAAAAUCAGGAGGAGAAGGUGCGAGACUGGGUUCACCCGUGUUGGGGUGCAGGGGCCACGCUACUUGCUGCAGGACGAUACCCAGGCCAAGGUGGUCAACGUCACCAUGGCGGCCCUCAGGCGCCAGGACUCGGGGCGGUACUGGUGCAUGCGCAACAGUUCCGGCAUCCUCUACCCUCUGAUGGGCUUCCUGCUGGAAGUGUCUCCAGCCUCCAGAACCAAGGGAAACACUCCUCUCAUAAAGCUGCCCAACAUCCUCCAGAGUGAAACUGUUGUCACCACAGGCCCUGUGCCCACCUCAGGCCUUGGGGGCCCUUUCAUCAGCCAGGCGACAGUGUUCACAGCUGGACUUCUCACCUUGGCCAGACCACUGCCUUCUCCCACCUCAGGGAGCACCAUACUGACUUCUGUGAUGGGCUCCAGUUUCUCCAGCACCGGCCUGUCCACCAUGGGGCCCGGGAGGGCCACCGGGUCCCAGACAGCGACUACAUCUCCUAGCAACACCCGAGCCUCCGCUGCAGGCCCAGGCUCCACCUCCACUAAGGCCACGCACCUCUGCACCGUGGGAGCCCCCACCAUGGGAAUGUGCCCCACCAGCAGAACUCUCCUCAACCACUUAUUCCCCAGCAGAUACCUGGACUUUUAUCCCAUGGUGCUCGUGGGGGUGCUGGCACUGCUCCCCAUGCUUGUGAUGCUGAUUGCAGUCUACAGCUUCUGGAAGAAGAGACACAUGGGAAGAUAUAGCAUAUGCCAUGACCCUGACAGAUCCUGGAAGGACUCGCCUGCAAGACUGGAACCUCUCUGGAGGCCCGCUUGAUCUGAAGCCACUCAACUGUGGGGUGGGGAGGAGCUCCUCCCAGAGGGACCCCAGGAGACCCCCAGGAGACUCCUCAGAGGAGCGAAGACGGAGACCUGUCUGGGUUGGAGCCGGGCUGGGGGU